GGACUGGACUUGUGUGCCUCCUCCGAUACAAUAUUGAGCCCUGAGGAUGGAACACAGGUUGUGGCCACCGGCGUAUUUGGCCCCCCUCCUCCUCAUAUGUUUUUCCUUAUUAUAGGACGGGCCUCCUCUAUAAUUCAGGGCCUCACCAUUUAUCCUUCCAUAGUUGACAAUGAUUACACAGGAGAAAUACAAAUUUUGGCCAAUUCAACAUUAGGACCAGUCACUAUCAAAAAGGGACAACGGAUUGCACAAGUCCUUCCGCUCCCUUUAGAUAGCCAGUAUCCACCCUUUAAAGAGUCCUGCAGUGCCUCCAAACCAGGCUCCUCUGAUGCCUAUUGGGUCCAGGCCAUUACCCAAGACUGACCCACGCUAAAAUUAAAAUUGGAUAAUAAAUGGUUCUCAGGUAUUUUGGACACUGGGGCAGAUGUUACUGUUCUCUCUAAAAACCACUGGCCUUCAAGUUGGCCUCUUCAACCCUCCAUCACACAUUUACAGGGCAUAGGACAGUCAAGAUAUACCCUCCAGAGCUCUAAGAUAUUAACAUGGUCAGACUCAGAAGGUCAUUCAGGCACUGUUCAACCUUUUGUAGUUGAAACCCUCCCAGUAAAUCUCUGGGGUCGAGAUAUACUAAAUCAGUUGGGGGUAGUUAUGUGUAGCCCAAAUGAAGUUGUCACUCAGCAAAUGCUCCGCCAAACAUAUCAACCAGGAAAAGGUCUGGGAAAAUAUAAACAGAGAAUUAUCCAACCAAUUAUUCCCUCUCUCAAGGAUAAUCGCCUCAGAAUAGGCUACAAAAAUUUUUCCUAA